AGGGUGAGGGAUGUACGUUGCUCGCUUGGCGAAGGCGGCUUUUAGUGGCAGCAUGAAGCGCACCCCGACCGCCGAGGAACGAGAGCGCGAAGCUAAGAAACUGAGGCUUCUUGAAGAGCUUGAAGACACUUGGCUUCCUUAUCUAACUCCCAAAGAUGAUGAAUUCUAUCAGCAGUGGCAGCUGAAAUAUCCUAAACUAAUUCUCCGAGAAGCUGGCAGUGUAUCCGAGGAGCUCCAUAAAGAGGUUCAAGAAGCCUUUCUCACACUGCACAAGCAUGGCUGCCUAUUUCGGGACCUGGUUAGGAUCCAAGGCAAAGAUCUGCUCACUCCGGUAUCUCGCAUCCUCAUUGGUAAUCCGGGCUGCACCUACAAGUACCUGAACACCAGGCUCUUUACAGUCCCUUGGCCGGUGAAAGGGUCUAAUAUAAAACACACCGAGGCUGAAAUAGCCACUGCUUGUGAGACCUUCCUCAAGCUCAAUGACUACCUGCAGAUAGAAACCAUCCAGGCUUUGGAAGAACUCGCUACCAAAGAGAAAGCUAAUGAAGAUGCCGUGCCAUUGUGUAUGUCUGCGGAUUUCCCCAGGGUUGGGAUGGGCUCAUCCUACGAUGGACAAGACGAAGUGGACCUUAAGAGCAGAGCAGCAUACAACGUAACUUUGCUGAAUUUCAUGGAUCCUCAGAAAAUGCCAUACCUGAAAGAGGAACCUUAUUUUGGCAUGGGGAAAAUGGCAGUGAGCUGGCAUCAUGAUGAAAAUCUGGUGGACAGGUCAGCGGUGGCAGUGUACAGUUACAGCUGUGAAGGCCCAGAAGUGGAAAGUGAUGAUGACUCUAAUCUCGAAGGCAGAGAUCCUGAUACUUGGCAUGUUGGUUUUAAGAUCUCAUGGGACAUAGAGACCCCUGGUUUGGCGAUACCCCUUCACCAAGGAGACUGCUAUUUCAUGCUUGAUGAUCUCAAUGCCACCCACCAACACUGUGUUUUGGCUGGUUCGCAACCUCGAUUUAGUUCAACCCACCGAGUGGCAGAGUGCUCAACAGGAACCUUGGAUUAUAUUUUACAACGCUGUCAGUUGGCACUGCAGAAUGUCCGUGACGAUGUGGCCAAUGGUGAUGUCUGUUUGAAAUCCUUUGAGCCUGCAGUUUUGAAACAAGGAGAAGAAAUUCACAAUGAGGUUGAGUUUGAGUGGCUGAGACAGUUUUGGUUUCAAGGCAAUCGGUACAAAAAGUGCACUGAUUGGUGGUGUCAACCCAUGGCUCAACUGGAGGAAAUGUGGAAGAAGAUGGAGGGUGUGACAAAUGCUGUGCUUCAUGAAGUUAAAAGAGAGGGGCUCCCCGUGGAACAAAGGAAUGAAAUCUUGACCGCCAUCCUUGCCUCGCUCACUGCGCGCCAGAACCUGAGGAGGGAAUGGCAUGCCAGGUGCCAGUCGCGAAUUGCCCGAACUUUACCUGCUGAUCAGAAGCCAGAAUGUCGGCCAUACUGGGAAAAGGAUGACGCUUCGAUGCAUCUGCCAUUCGAUCUCACAGACAUCGUUUCAGAGCUCAGAGGUCAGCUUCUGGAAGGAAGACCCUAGAAGGAGCACCAGUCUCAGGCAGAGGAGAGAAAGAGGUCUUUGGCUUUUCUCCUCCAACCUUAUCAUGGGCUUAAGCAAGGGCGGGGGAGACUUCUCUUGGCCCCUAGAUUGUAGCAUCCGGGUCCCAAUCCAAAACAGCUAGGAAAUGGUGCCCAUGCAUUUUGAAAUGUUUUAAAAUGACCCUGUGUUAUAGUCUGACUUGGUGUUAAACAAGACCUCCUUCCCCCAAAAGAAUCACUCAGAUUUUAAAACAUGAACCAUUCAGCCCCUGAGGUCCAGCGCAGGUGACAGGAACAAGCCCAGCAGGUGACAAAGCCUAAUCUGCUUUCAUCUUUCCCAAGCUUUUUCAGAGACUCUGGAGUGAACCCAGCCCUCUGGGGAAAGACGGAAGUUGGAGACCUCCAUCCUAGUCUCUCUCACUCCCAUGGUGCUGUCCAAUACGGUAGCACUAGCUAGCUGUGGCUACUUCAAUUUCAAUUCAGUUUUCACUUUAAUUAAAAAUUCAGCUCUUCAGUUGCCCAGGCCGCAUUUCAAAGGCUUAAUAGCCUCAUGUGGCUAGUGACUGCUGUACUGGACGGCACAGAUAUGGAACAUUUUCACCAUAGUAGAAAGUCUGAUUGGACAACGCUUCUAUAAAAAGUUUGAGAGCAGGAAUUCUCUUUUCCAUUCCUCUGUAACCUCUAUCCCCAAAGGCAAAGAAACUGAAAGAGAAAUGACUCAUUGAGGACUGGCCUCUCUCCUCUCCCUAAGACAAACCUAAGUGAAAGUCUGAGCUUUGAGACCUACGCUCAGUGCACAGGAAUGAGAUGUUAACAAUUAAAAUUAAGUUGAUAGCCUGUCUUUAGGGAGUUUCCCUGAACUAAUGAAAGAGAUGCAGCUCCUUUUACAUUAUUUCACAGAUUUAACCAGCAUAGUAUAGUUUUUUCUCUAAGUCCCUCUUUCCUAUGUAGUGACAGGUAGAACUGAGGGUUGAAGAACCGCAGUGCCCCAUCCUGAUGACCUUGGAGACUCAGAGACAGUGGAGAGGGGAGCUUAAAAUCUGGGCUUUAAGACUCCCAUUAGCUCCCUGUGCUUUGGCAUGUUAAUAUGCCUCAGUUUCCUCAUCUGUAUAAUGGGAAUAUAUGAAAGGCACCACUCCCAAGAUGAAGAUUAAGAUGAUCUAAUAACAGACUUAGGACAAUUUCCAGCACAUAGUUAAAUACCCAGGAAAUACUAGUACUGUUAUGUGUGGGUGAGAUUUUUUUUCCUCUCUUCGUUCUUACCCCUGCGCCAGUUUUAUCUUGUGAUGCCAUUAGCACAUCUCUCCCUUUCUGACCUGGCUCCUGCCCAUUUGUGCCCCGGAAAUCAUGAAAAUAGUUAGCCCCCCCUCUCCCCAGCCCGUUGCCUUCCCAUGUAGUUAUUCACAGUAGUUGAGAAGUUGAAGAGCUUUUGCCUAUUGAAGGUGCACUGAUAAUAAACUCUUUCCUGCCACCAGAAUUGCAUUGGCUCACGGGGUGCGCUCAUUCCCAUGCAGUUCAUAGCCACAGAAAUGUCACGUUAAGCAAAGCAACCAGGGUCUCAUCAUGUUGAGACUUGAGUCUCUUAGACCUUGGAUUCAUUCCCUAGUGUCUUUGAGCCUCGGUUUCCUCAUCAGUAAGAGAGAAGUGAAGCACUCUCACAGGUCAUUACAGAGAUCACAUGAAAUAACGUAGGCCAGGAGGGCGUGGCACAUAAAAGUCACAGACGGGGCGCCCUUGGGCCAUCCAGCCCAGUGUUUUCUGUAGCCCCCAUGAUGUUCGUUUUUUGUUAUAUUCCAUUAGGGGCCAAUAUUUA